CUGGACAUAUAUUAGAGUGACCGGCCUUACAGUAAAGUAGGACAUGGAAGUUGUCGUUCGGCACUCGUUGCUAAGCAUCGUUGCUAAGGAACUCUGUUUGUGUUUGUUUCUGUUUGUGUUUCUUUCUGUUUUGAAUUUGAUCCACGUUUGUAGCUCAACGUGUAGCUUAACUUUUAGCUCACUCCGUUGGUUGCCGUUUGCAAGUUUGUUUUUUUAGCUGGUCUCUACUCGUAAAAAAAGCUUCCCUGUUUUUACAAAAGCUUCUCUGUUUUUGUUACGAGUGUCAACAGUGACAAAAAGUUCAUGUAGAAGCAUUUUGGUUUUCACAGUUCAGUAACGAGAGAAAAAAUGAGAGACAAAGACACUGAAGCGUUUCCUGAUAAACAAAGGACUUGAGCGGGAUCAGUGGUUCACGCCCGACAAACUGAUGGAGAUGGUGCCUAACGUUGGCUCGAUUAUCGACUUAACUGCGACCGAUAAAUAUUAUAAUCCAGCGCUUUUCACGGCGCGUGGAAUACGGCACACCAAAAUCGGGUGCGGUGGCCGCGGAACCAUUCCCUUCGAAGCUAUCGUUCAUAGAUUCUUUUAUGUAGUCGAUGCUUUCCUUCUCAGCGCCCACUCUCGAGGCAACGUUUUGAUGGUGCAGUGCACGCACGUUAAAUUGAACAAACAACACACGAAGAAAUUAAACAUGAAUUUCGACAAAUUGGUUAAGUUGUUCCAAGUUAUUAAGUUAAAAGUUUAAAUUUUUAAGGCGACUGUUUAUUCAAAAUCUUCCUCAUCGCUCAUACAUUCAAUUGGAAUACGUUGAAUGUUCAUGAUUGCAUCAUGUUUCUCCAAUUCAUGUUUAAGAAUCUCGUCGACAAUAGAAUCUCCCACACUUGAACCUAUUAGAACAAUAUAAAAUGCAAUGAUAACUCACAUUGUUUAUGACAGACUUUUUUUUUUAAUGGAUGCAUACAAACCAUUGUUGAAUGUA